AUGGAGGCAGGAAGUAGAAUUUUGUCAAAGUUAGAGACUUUAAUAGAAUCUAAGCUGCAUCAUUUUGAACAGAAAAUGAACAAUAUUUCGCAGAAUCAGAUUUCGGCGUGUUCCAAGCUUGAAAAUUACAGUUUCAAGAAGAAAGGUCACGAGCAGCAGUUCACGGUAAACGCUAAAGUAAUGGACAAGCUAAGACAAGCAGAUAGUUUCAUGGCUGAUAUCGGCGACGAAGAUUCUAACUCGGCUGCUCAAAACGCUAGAGAAAAAAUUUCAGAAGACGACGGUCUAGGGGAAGCCAGUACUUUUGAUACGGCAAAAGAAUAUAGUAUUUUUGCUAGACAAGAUUUAAUCAAGUUUGGUUUUUUAAUAGCGGAAGAAAAAUGUCAGUGGGAACCUACACAGCAAUCCGUUUGGGUAGGAUAUUUUUGGGAUACAAGGGAUGGUAUUUUAAAAGUUACAGAAGAUCGAAUAUGUAGAACAGAGCUGUUUCUAGAGAGCUUGAUUAAAUCAGUAUGCAAGGGUGUAGUCUUAUUUCCUGUGAAAAAAUUAGCAUGCUUAACGGGACAGUUGAUAUCGAUGAUGUUUGUUUUUGGGUCUGUUGCAAGGCUGAGAACCAGAUAUUUAUAUGAUUGUGUCAAUAGUAGAGCAAGCUGGUGCGCUCCUGUUAAGUUAAGCAGUGGUGCUUUUGACGAACUGAUUUUUUGGAGGGAAAAUCUAAGAAAUUUAAAUAAGAGCCCGUUACAGUCUGAAUCAGGUGAUACGACAUACGUCUGUGUUGACGCCAGUGGAUCUGGAAAUUGUAACUAUGCCAACGUCUUUGUUGACGCAAGUAAUUUGGGUGUCGGUGGUUAUAUACAAGGUAGCACAGAGAGCGACGUAGUAGGUUCUUGGUUAGAAUCCGAGAGCAAUUUAAGUUCUACAUGGCGUGAGCUUGAGUCAGUGUACAGGGUAGUACAUUCAUCUAUUCCCGAGCUGCAAGGGAAAGAAGUCUUGAUUAACACAGAUAAUAAAAAUGUAUGUACAGUGUUAAAAUCAGGUAGUAACAAGCCUCAUUUACAGCAGAUUGCUAUAAAGGUAGAUAAAUUGUGCACUAAUAAUAACAUAAGAUUGCAUUCACGAUGGUUGCCAAGGAAAUAUAAUACUGAUGCCGAUUUUCUCAGCAGGUGUACAGACAGUGAUGAUUGGUCAGUUGUUGAAUGGGUUUUUAAAGUUUUAAACGACAAAUGGGGAACUCAUACGUACGAUCGCUUUGCAUGUCAUUAUAAUGCCAAAUGUAAGAAAUUUAAUUCCAGAUACUGGUGUCCUGGAACUUCCGGAAUAGACGCUUUUGAACACAAUUGGGUAGGCGAAAACAAUUGGCUUAAAUCUGGCACAAUGCAUAAAGACAGAAGUGCAGAAGACAGGCGUUUUAGACAGUUCUUUCACAGACACAGCACGGAAGAUGGCAGAUUUUCUUGUAAACUCUAA